AUGCGCUGGCCUCGGGCCGUUGCAGGGAACGCAGCAAGGGUCUGGUUGCUCCGGCAGCGCUUAUACUAUAUAUACGUAGUGUCGCAGGCGGGCGCGGCCGGCGCGGCAUCAGGGACAAUGGUAGACUACGCUAACUGGAUGGGUGAGGCGGACGGCAGCGCGUACGUGUCGCAGCUGUCGCUGCCGGGCACGCACAACAGUGCGGCGUGCCACAUGGCGCUGCCGAGCGUGCGGUGCCAGGAUUGUAGCGUGAGCGAGCAGCUCGAGAACGGAGUGCGGUUCCUGGAUGUGCGGAUCGGCAAGCCGCUGCUGGGCGGCAAGGACCGCGAAGGGCAGCUGAAGGAGCUGCACGUGGUGCACGGCAAGUUCCCCGUGCGGAUUCCGUUCCCGGUUAAGUUCGACAGCACGCUGGAGGAAGUGUUUCGCUUUCUGGACGAGCACCCCACGGAGUGCGUGGUCCUCUCGCUGAAGCAGGAGGGUGCGGACUCGUGGGACCACGACCACGACGAGUUCGCCAACUUCGUCUGGGAUCACUACAUCGCGCCGCACGCGGACCGCUGGUACCUGCGCAACGCCGUCCCGCGGCUCGACGACGUUCGCGGCAAGGCCGUGCUGUUCCGCCGCUUCGGCCUCGUCGACGACGCCCGCCGCGACGGCUUUGGCAUCGAGGCUAACUGGUGGUCCUAUAACACCACCUCCGAGGACCGCGGCGCCUUCCACGUCCAGGACUUCUGCGAGGUCAACCAGACCGAUGACAUCACGCGCAAGGCCGACUAUGUCAAGCAGCUGCUGGACACCGCUCACUCCUUCAAUGCCACCAACCCCGACACGGGAAAGAUGUUCGUGAACUUCUGCUCCGCGUCCAACUUCCGCAACCCAGACUGCUGGCCGGAGCGCAUCGCCGAGAAGAUGGCCGAGUGCCGCAUCUACGACAGCGUGCAGAAGGGCGCGGGUGUGGUCAUCAUCGACUAUGCAGGCAUGAAUGACUGGAGGCACACGCGUGCCAUCGUUGAUUCCAACUUCUAA